AUGGGUGGACUUUGGGCCACCAAGCCCCAUGGAGCCUCCCACAUUGGUGGGGCUCCUCUCCCUGGUGCAGGGGUAGCACUUGGCACUGUGUCGCCCACCCCAACUUCACUGCGGGUCUCUGGACAUGGUGGGACUGACACUAUGCUGAUCUCCUCCUCCUCCUCCCCUUCCACCAUCUUCUCACCCACAGGGUACCUCAAAUGUGACACGGACGAUGGCUGCGAGGCCAAGGAGGAGGCGGGGGGCGAGGAGCUCUUCGACACCGUGAACUCCUCCAUCGUCUCGGGCGACAGCAUCCGCUUCUUCGUCAACGUCAACCUGGAGGUGCCGCCCAACGUCGCUGUUGAAAAUGAAAGUGCUGGCUGCGUGUUGUUACACACAUCCAGAAAGUACCUGAAGCUAAAGAAUUUUGAGGAGGAAGUCAGAGCCCACCGAGACCUGGAUGGAUUCUUGGCCAGAGCCAGCAUCAUCCUUGAUGAAACCGCAACCUCCUUGGAUGAUGUUCUUAGAGAGAUGUUGAAACAUUUUGCUGAAGACCCUGAUAACAUGGAGCCAAGCUGCAACUUUGAAAAAAUCAUGAGCACUUUAUUCACAGAUUCAGGGACCCCUCGAGAAGGGAAUGUCCAUCUCCUAUCAGAUACGAUUCAAGGGGUCACAGCAACAGUCACAGGGGUGCAGUAUCAGCAGUCCUGGCUCUGUAUCAUUUGCACUAUAAAGUCUCUUCAGCGACGUCAUGUUUGCAUCAGCCGUCUGGAGAGGCCUCAGAAUUGGGGUGAAAAUUCCUGUGAAGUGAGAUUUGUGAUAUUAGUUCUGGCUCCUCCUAAAAUGAAAAGUACCAAAACAGCCACGGAAGUGGGUCGGACCUUUGCCACAAUGUUUUCAGACAUAACCUUUCGGCAGAAACUUCUAGAAACCAAAACUGAAGAGGAGUUCAAGGAAGCCUUAGUCCACCAACGCCACUUGCUCACAGUGGUGCAUCAGAGACCCUCAGCAAAGAGCGACGGGCAUAAGUCGCACAGCCCUAGGCCGCUCAAGUUGCAUGAGUUUCUCAAUGUUGGCAAGGGGAUUUCUGAUGACAUUGCACGAAGAUUUCCAGUGUACGCUUUGGACUUCACUGACGGUGUUAUUGGAAACAACAAGGCUAUAGGAAAAUAUAUCACAACCAUGAUUUUUCUGUAUUUUGCCUGCCUCCUUCCAUCUAUUGCAUUUGGGUCACUUAAUGAUGAAAACACCAGAGGAGCUAUUGAUGUGCAGAAGACAAUAGUUGGCCAGUGUAUUGGAGGGCUGCUUUAUGCACUGUUUUCAGGGCAGCCUUUAGUUGUACUCCUAACUACAGCUCCUUUAGCACUCUACAUUAAUGUCAUCCGAGGAAUUUGUGAUGACUACCACUUGGAUUUUAGUGCUUUCUAUGCCUGGAUUGGACUGUGGAACAGCUUUUUCCUUGUGGUGUACUCCCUUUUUAAUUUCAGUCUUCUGAUGAAGCUCUUUAAAAGGUCAACAGAAGAAAUAAUUGCACUCUUUAUAUCCAUUACCUUUGUGUUUGAUGCCAUCAAAGGCAUUGCUAAAGUUUUUAAGAAAUAUUACUACCAUGGGCGCACAGGAGAGAGUUACUUGGAAAAAGCACGAAUUGAUGCUAUUCCAAGCCUCGGCAUCAAUACCACCUUCUUGAUGAAUUCAUCAGUGAGCAGAUCCAUGUCCCUAGAGAAUCAAACAGGCACUCAUGAUGUGCAUUAUGGACGUGAAACUGCCGUCCUUAGUCUCAUGUUGAUGUUGGGUACCCUUUGGCUUGGUCAUACGCUCUAUCAGUUUAAGAAAAGCCCAUAUUUGCACGCAAGAGUCCGUGAAAUUCUGUCUGACUGUGCCUUACCGAUUUCAGUUUUGACUUUCUCUGUUGUGGGCUCCUAUAUCUUCAAGGAAAUAGAAAUGUCCAAAUUUAACUACAACCCGUCCGAGAGCUUGUUCGUGCUGGCCCCGGUCCGGUCCCUCUCCAUCGGGUCGGUGAUGAGCGCCAUGGGGCUGGGAUUCCUCCUCUCGAUGCUGUUCUUCAUAGAGCAGAACAUUGUGGCCUCGCUCACAAAUGCUCCAGAGAACAGGUUGGUGAAGGGAACAGCCUAUCACUGGGACCUCCUGCUUGUUGCGCUGAUCAACACUGGGCUGUCUAUCUUCGGUCUGCCGUGGAUUCACGCUGCCUUCCCUCAUUCCCCAAUGCAUGUCCGUGCUCUGGCAUACGUGGAGGAGAGGGUAGAAAAUGGACACAUCUAUGAGACGAUUGUGAGUGUGAAGGAGACCCGACUGACAAGCCUCGUGGCUAACUUCUUGGUUGGCCUCUCGUUCUUGCUCCUCCCUUUCCCUCUUCAGUGGAUCCCGAAGCCAGUCCUCUACGGCCUUUUCUUAUACAUCGCGCUGACUUCCAUAGAUGGGAACCAGCUCUUUGAGAGGGUGGCUCUCCUGCUGAAAGAACAGACUGCUUAUCCUCCGACACAUUACAUCCGCAGAGUGCCCCAGAGGAAGAUUCACUAUUUCACAGGCUUGCAGGUCCUGCAGCUCCUCAUCCUCUGUGGGUUUGGCAUGUCACCACUGCCCUAUAUGAAGAUGAUCUUCCCACUCAUUAUGAUAGGAAUGAUCCCAAUCAGGUAUAACUUACUCCCUAGGAUCAUUGAAGCCAAGUACUUAGAUGCUAUGGAUGCAGAGCAUUGAAUUGGAUCCGCCGCGCACAAAACCAUGAAGAUGACUCUUUUGGAGUUGAAAGGACAGGGUGGCUUUGCUGAAGCGUAGAACAAUCUAUCUGCAGUUCUUUCUUUCACCACUUUCUGCUCUAAUAUGGCAUUGGUAAUGCACAAAUACUAAAGACCAAUGGAGCGUUGAAGUGUCAGACCAAAACAGCCUUGGACUUGGAGGCCAGUGCUCUUCAGAGCUUUGAGGCAAGCAAGCUUUAUGGAAAUGUUACUUUCUACAUUCCAAAACUGGAAACCCCAAAGAUCAGCAUGUCCAUAAGUUGGAGCAUGCAUUCCUAGAGUUGUCACAUAUUCCCUUGUUUGAGGGGUGGAGGGAAUCCCUUUUUUAUGCACCACAUCCCUCUUUUUUUCCGUAACACUAUUGAUGUGAAAGGACAGCAGCUGACCCUUCUUUUACAGAAUGACAGUACUGUUCUGGCCUUUGAAUUCAGUUUCCUGUGUGUCCAGUAUUCCUAAAUUGGUAUUCCAGAUGGAAUGGCCUUGUGGUUAAGCCACUGAUGUCAGGAGAGGUGUGACCAUCUCUUCAGACUGAGUAAUGGAAGGGUUGGAAACUGGUUUAAUUUAGACUGAUAAAAUCCACAGCUUUGGAUGAGUACUUAAUUCCUACAGAGGAGUUGGAAAUGUUCAGGGGUUGCGGUCUCGUAGUGAUGCUGAUGAAACUGCAUCUGGGUCUAAGCUAUUUGGGAAUUACUUUGAAUCUUUCUACCAUUACUGCUCAACAAUCAAAUAUGAAAGUGUGGUUUUGCACAACUGCAAUGUUCCACUUGCACGGAGUCAGAUGCUGAGAUUUGUCAAAGUGCAGUUGUGUUAAUGAUUGCAUAUACAUACGUGAAGUAGUGCCUAUGUGUACAUAUAUACAUAUGGAUUUGUGUAUAUAUUUUGCAUAGAUAUACGAAUAGGCCAGAUUCUUUCAAAAUAUCAAAAGUGUUUUGUGCAAUCAGUGUUACCUGUGAUGUCUUGACCAUCUACUUGUUCUUUGCUUCAGUGCUGCUUUUUCUCAUUUGAGAUAUGGUCACUUUUUCCCUAUUUUGAAGCUGCUCAGUUACUGUUUUUGUUCAUAUGUUGCUUUAUUUGAGUUUUUUUGCUUUCUUCCCAUAGCUUUUGAAACUAUCAUUCUGUCUUGAUGCUCCAACAUGUAAAUUUUGCAUUUAAUUUUAAUGUACAGCAUGUAAUGAAAGUUUCCUCUUGCCUAAUCAAUAGUUGUUAGUCAUUUCACUGUUUUGUAGCUAAUCUUCUGUUUUUUCCGUGCUCCCAGACAUUAUAUUAUAUUUCUGGAUGAAUCUAACUUCUGCUGUCUUUAUAUUUCAGUUUGUUUAGUUGUGCUUGUACUAUGGUCAGUUUUCUUAUUUGAAGUACUGUGAAACAAGCUGUCUUUGAAUUCAGUGCUCUCCCUUUGCACACUACAGAUCACAGGUAAAGUGUUAAGAUGGAGCUCUGAAGAUAAUGAACUUUCAAAACAGCAGAAAGGAGGAAAGGGGAAUGUAAAAUGAAAAGCAAAUAUGAUGGAUUAGCACAGAAUAUUUUUGCCAGUUGCUUACCCAGAGAAUGGUGCAAAGUCUUGCCAGCAUUGUGCACCAGUGAUUAGGUGUUUUCUACAUGGUGGAAAGGACCAACUUUAAUGAGAGAAGAAUAUGCUGAAACCAAACCAGAUUCAAACCACUGAAGACUUGGUGUAUUAGCACAAAAUAUCAGAUUAUUACUUCAUCGUAAUAUAGUCACCUACAGUUUUAACCCAUGUAUCAAGAAUGAAAUUUUCAGUUUUUGCUGAAAACCUCUUAAUCUUUAAUUGAUAUUUAAUGAAAGGGAGCAGUCAGUCUUCCUAAGAACGUGCCCUUCUGGCUAUGGUUAAUGUAUUUGACACAGAUCAAUUGCUGGAGAGAUCUCAACUUUCUGAGCAAGCAAAGCAGCACUGUGUGACCUUGGAAUCAUGACCCUCCUAUUCCACCAGCCAACUCUUGCGGGGCUGUUGAGAAGGCUGUGCAUCAGGGUGGCCACCAAAGAAGGUAACGCCAAGCACUUGCCUUUCAGUCUUGGAUGUGGGAGAGGUAACUCAUGCCAUGUCCAGUAUGUUGCACGACAGACAGAUGUAAACCAGUAUGUGAUUUCUAAGCAUCUUGGUCAGUGUUUUCUAGCUUUUGAGUCAGAUUCAUGAUGAGAUCACUAAUAGCUUUUGUCAGGGUCUAUGUGUAGACCCUGUUGGGAGACAGGAUUUGGGGUGGAGAUGGUGAAUGUAUGUCUGAUCUUCAGUAAACAAAGACGACAAAUGACAGCAAACAGUUGGAUACGUGUCAUAAGACAGGGAAUGCAAAGGUAUGAUGAUUUAAAAUAUGUGCUUUUAGCUGGAUGCCAAAGGAUUAACAAAGUCCUUGAAUGGAAAAUGACAUCUUCAGAUUGAGUGAACUAAUAAAUGCGGGUGUCCAGGUGAUGCGUUCUUGGUGCCUGAGCUUUUGGCAAACAGAAGUAACAAUGUGCAGGUCUUUCCAGAGGAAAUAGUUUUUAGAUGGGUACUCUUGGAAGAACCAAAAAAUGCCCACAUUUUCAAGCCUCUUUGAAAACAAACAUCAAUCUUGAGUACUGUCAAAUACUGGUAAAUGAUCUGAUUUAAAACCCAGAUAGCUUGGGCUGUCAUGAUGAGGGGGAUAAAUAACUGCUAGAACUUUGCUUUAUCAGUGUGACUUUAGUGUUUAUGUUUUCUUUGUAGUGUCAGUAGGAUUGUUUUGCAGGAUGUUUCUUUCUACAAAAAUCACAGGCCAAAGAAUCAACUGAUUUGGAAAAUCAGCACAGCUUGGGAAAAGCUGUGCUGACUUUAGACAGGUUGAAUGUUUUGACUCAUGUUUCAGUAUAUGGGUAGUAGGGAAAUACAGAUGACUUGAUGCCUCUUGGAUCAUAUAUGACUCAUGAGGGAUUGUAGUGAUUCCACAGAGGAUUUCUCAUAAAUAUCUUUUCUCUUGUGUCUACUUUUGUUGAUUUACGUGUAGGCCUUUUCAGCAAGUAGGCUUACCUAGUGAAGGAGUUUGUUCACAGAGUUAAUUCAGCACUUUAAUAUUUCUGUGAAGGUUGAGACGGUUAGAAUGUAAAAUUUUAUUAUAAGCUCUUUAUAGACGCACAAUGUUAUGUAUAAAUAUUGCCAAAGAAUUGGAUUUGAAAGAUAUUAAUUGCUGUUAAGUGAGCCCAUGUUCACCUGGAAACACAAGGUAGUAAAAUACUUCUGAAAUGAGUGAAUUUUGGAAGCUACCUUUGACAGUUGCCAAAAAUACCAGAAACUGGGGAUAUGGUAAAUUUCUCCUCAAAUCUGUAGUUUCUGAUCCUUGCACUGAUUGUAGGAGGUAGAAGUUAGCUUGACAUUUAAAAUGGGAUUUAUACCUGAGUAGUUUUGUUGAUCAGACUUAUUUUGUUGCCUUCAAAAAUUCUGUUGACACACUAUGUAUGGAAAUAUGUUUCUCCAUGUAAAUCAAGGAAACCUGGUGAAAUACGGACUGCUGAACAAGCAACAUAGCACUUUCUGUAUUGCUUAGAAAGCAAAUCUGACAACUUCAGUUAAACAACCACCCCCUCAAAUUCUGUGGUGUCAACUUUGAAGCUAUUAAUAGAUGUCAAACCCAAGUUGGAUAUGCAUCACUGCCAAGGGAAUGGGGAUGGAAUAAAUAAAUUCAACUGGUUUGCUUCAGAGGUGCCAUCUGGUGAAAAGCUUCAAGAGGAAUUCAAUAACUGUGGGACAUGAUACACAAUCCCUGAUAAACUUUGUGAAUUAAGAUACUCUGAAAACAAAUAGGAUAGCUGGUCAUGUUUCUGUGUACCAUAGGUCAAGCUAUCGUCCCCAAAAUACCCUCAGCUCUGGCAACAGACGAACUGUUUUGUAAACUACUUCAUAUUGCGUUUGGCUGCUUGAAAACCUGCUGCUGAACUGUUCUCUGAACAAUCCUUGAAGAAACAUGAUGUUGGUCAAAGCUGGAAAUAUCUAGAGAUCACUUUAGGGGGGUGAGGGAUGCAGGAAGAAGGGGUUUUUCAGGUUUCCAAUGAAAAAUGGACCUGAGAUCUGUCAUAUCACCCAAAGCACUUAGUUUUCCACCCUGUGUUCAGCUGGGCAUGUUUCUACUAUAUCUGUUGCCACACUUAUGUUGUUCCUUGGUCAAGCACUUUUUCUUCACUGUGUUCUGUGUCUGCCCUUCAGAGUGUUGCCAUUUACCUUGAAGGUAACACUCAAGGUUGGCUCAAACUCAUUGCUUAUGUUCAUUCCCCAAACUUCAGUUCAGGCUAUUUACUGUGUCAUCUCCUGACCCUGCUCUUUCCCCCAGUCCCUGGGCUUAUAGCAGCAUGCCCUUUUCUGGAUGCUGACUCUACUCCAUCACUGAAAUACUGCCAAAAUGCCUAGCUUAUUUUUAUUAUUUUUUUAUUCCCCUCUAGAGAACUUGAGCCUGUGUCUGAGCAGUGGCAUGGCAGCAGUUGCUCUCUUGAGGCUCACUUUGCCAUAAUAGGUAAUUAUGAAGGAUUCGUAAUUGCAAUACAGUUGCACUGUCUUCUGAAUCUCUUUAGAUGAUUACUUUAUGGCGCAGUGUUUCAGUUGGGCUGUCCUUUUUUCAUCUGUCAAGCUUCCAAAACAACUUAAAUAGACAUAAUGGGAUGGGUUUGCCUAAUUUUCUAUCUGUGCAGAGGCCUGUGGAUGUUAGAGAAUAGUCCUCUCUAAUUGUUUUCAUAUCUAAUUAAGGCAUUUAAGUACCAAGCCCUGUCCAUUACACUACUGGCUGCAGAUCUGGUUGCAAAGAAUGAGCCAUCAAUAUUGUGUAAAGAGCAGACAGACUAGGCAGUUGCCAGAGUACAUGCUUUAGAAAUACAAAUUAGCACUUUUCUCUUCAGCCUUUGUGUGUGUUCUUUUCAAACUAAGACAAUCUUUGGCUGUAUCUCUUUUCCUUGUAGAAAACUUCACAUGAGCUUGGAUCACUUGGCACAGUUCUGAUGCUGCAUUAAAUAUUAAGUGUCCUGCGGGACAUGCUGCCUUCUGUUCCCCAUCUGCAUCUCUGCUGUGUAGAGUUGCUUGCUUCGAGAGCUGAAAUCUGUUCUCAGAGCAGAAGAGGGGAUGUACGCAGCAUCUCAUACAGUCAUCUUUAUGGCAGACUCCUGGUGCUGCAAUAAAUCAGACCAUCAGCAUCCCUCUGCCUCAGGUGGGAUCCCCAAAAAGGAACAAAAUGGCAAGGAGUUGGAAAGAGCAGCUCAAUUUGUGAUUAAAUUAGCUCGGGUCAAGGAGGAGAUAUGCUGGCUUUUUGCUUUAAACAUGCAAACAAGAGCGCUCUGGCUGUAACUUAUUUGUUAUAUGAACAGGGCUUUGAAGAAAAAGCAGCAUAUCAAAUUCAACAGCUGGAGUAUUGGUUUCAGUACUUGAGGCUUGCUGAAGGGCUAAGGUUGGUUCUUGCUGUGCAUAUCAGCAACAAUUUGUGUCCCAGCACACCUUUUCCAAGCAUCUAGUUUUGACAAGUUUCACAUGAUUGAAUGAGUUAGGUGGUUUGUGCAAGUGUCUGUACAAGUGAUAGCGACAUGGCAUGGCUGUGCUGGCUUCCACAGAAGAUGGCAAGGACAGAAGGUGUGGCCUUCUGUGCACUGACCGUGUCCUGUUUUGCAGGUGAUCUCUUUUCAGGAGGUGGUUGAUUGACAUCAGGGCAGCACCGCUGAGUUCAUGCAGUGUACAUUCAUCUCAGUGAACUACUUACCUUGAGUCACAUUAGACACCUUUCUAUUAACCUGGAGUUUUUGAGACCAGAGCCAUGGAUUUAAACUCACUCCCCAGUGGAGUUCCAGGUUACAGGAAUAGGCUAAGUGUUCAAAUCUUUAUUGCUGAAUAUACUGAGCUUUCUUCUGCCUGCACAGGUAUGAGUGGGGUACCUAGCAUCUCUAGGACUUCAGGUGCCAUAUGGUGGAACUAGGAGCCCGGUUUUAAGCACCCAUAUCUGGAAGCUGUGGCAGCUAGAAGUGUGUUAGAGGUAUUCACCUCUCUUGGUCUAAAGAGGCCUGGCAGGUCUAAGUGUGGAUGCAUCUGUUCCUGCAGGAGAAAACAUAAUUCAGCUGUGAGGCAUGGCAGCUGUGGGAAUGGGAGAAUCUCAUCUCACUUUUGAGCCCUUGAGCAUUUCAGCAUCUUGCAUCUGGUAGAGAUGCUCUGAUAUGUUAAGAGGUGAUUUAGUGCUCUGGAUUUUUUUUUUUUAAGGAAAUGUUCAGCUCCAAGUUCUCCCUUUUCUCUUCACUAAUGUGCAAUUGUACUUCAUUCCCAUACUGUGUUUACUCCAGAAAACGGGGAUUGUCUUGUUCAAAGACCCUUACUCUAAAGUACUUGCUCCUGGAAGUUACGCUGUGCAGACUAAAUCCCCUUUGCCUCUGUCUGACCCAGGGAAGGAGCUGGGACCUAAAAGACUGUUUUUCACCUCUGCUUUCUCAGGGGGAGUGUAAAUGCAGGAUAAGCUGUGAGUAGGUGGCAAGAGGGGAGGUUUCUCCUCCUCCUGAGACAGAAUCAUCUCAUCUAAAUCCUGUGUCCUGUUUUCUGUGCCAGCUAACGCUAGCAGAGCUGCAGAGCUUGGGCAGUCUGUACUGUGCUGGGACAAGAGCAGCGGUGGGUUUAUUUUUCUACAUGUCACAUGGAAUGUAAUUGGUUAAUAUUUCUGUAUUUGAACAAGAGGUUUCUGUCACAGAUUGCCAGGGAACUAUUUUAAGUGAGGAAAACAUAUGUUCCUAUUUAUGGCGAUAUGGCCUAUAGAUAUUGCACUUGCUAAAUAUGCUCCUAAAGCGCAUGCCUCUAUCUAGUGUUGAUUUUACAGUGAAUGGUUUCUUUUGAUAAGAAUUGCUUGGGGUGUUU